AUUUCGCCGCUCGAACACUUCGCAUCUGAUCGCUCCUGUCGACACUUUCUUUACGCGUCUUGUCAUCGCAUCGACGUUUCUUGACUGAUUAUCAUUCGAUAAUUAUUUCUUAAAUAAUUACUCGCUAAACACUCACUUCUUAAAUAAUUAUUCGCUAAACACGCGUUUUUUAAAUAAUUAUUUAAUCAAUUUAGCGCGUUAACGCGCGAACAUAUCUUCAACACUGAUCGAGAUGCGCCAGGUGUGGAUCGUGCAACAAUUACCGAUGCCAGAGGUGUCGAACGUGUUUUAUCCAUUGAACACGAGCCUGGAGGACGAAAUGAAGAGAUUGUUUACGAACUUCUGGAUCGAGAAGACUACAUCUGCGCCUUCGGUAAAUGUUGAGGAUGUCAUGGAAGAGUUCCGUCACAAUGGCCGCGACUUCGAGUACUGUCCAGAUAUGGACAGCGACGCAUUGCACGAAAAGUCGCCGCCACGUCGCAAGAAGAACAAGAAACCUUUGCCUACAGAAUGCGUUUUCUGUAGAAACAAUGGCGAAGAAGAGACUUACUACAGGGAACACUUAUUGAAAGACGUCGAUGGCCGCGUCCGUUGUCCAGUCUUGAGAGCGUACACGUGUCCAAUUUGUGGCGCUACUGGCGACGAAGCCCAUACGAUCAAGUACUGUCCAAAGAACCCUGGAACGUGGACAACCGUGAACGCCUUCAAACUGUUGAGAAACUCGAUGGGCAAACGACGCAAGUAAAAAUGCGCGUGCAUUUUUACUCGACGUCCUCGCGUCGUUAUCGUGUUAAAAAACGACGCGACGAUUUUCUUCGAGGGCUCGACGCUUGGAGCUUCGAAAUUCGACAUCUUCGAUCGUUCCUCUGUAUCAUCUGCUGGCAGGUAAUCGUGUCGUUGACACCCUUCGAAGUAACAAAUCAACGAAAGUAUAUCGAGCGGUAAUAAGCAAUAUACAUGUAUAUAUGUAUAUUUAAUA